UCUUGGCUCUGAUUUAGUGAUGUUAACCUGCAUUUUUUGACAAGUCUCCACCUAACAGUAAACAAAAAAAUAGUGCUGAACUAGAGACAAUUAAUUGUCUCUCACUGAGCCGCAAUCAUAGGUAAACACGAGUGACCACAAUGUCACGAUCUCCAACACAUAGAAGCGCCUCUAGGAAGCCGUCUCGGAGCUACAGGUCAAGAAGCAGAUCCAGACAGUCCAAAUAUGAGCGUAGCUCUAGUAGACAUGAUAAAAUCAAUACAAGUAGAUACGAAAAGUCCAGCCAGUCAAGCCGAACUCGCUAUCCAGAAGAAGACAAGUCCAUCAAAUCUGAAAGGAAGAAUGGGGAGUACGGCGCCAUCAGAGGGUCCAAAAAGUUUCUGAACCAAGAAGAUGAUUUCAUGGAGCACCGAAGGCAGGAAAGAGAGAUUUUGGGAAUGACAGAGUCUACUAUUUGGGCGGCCUCGCCGUUAAGAGAACAGGAUGCAUCUCUACCUACAGACAGCGAUAACGAGAAAUCAAAAUCAGCCUCAACGUCGCAGCAAAAAGACAAGAAGGGAAAGCACAAAAAGGAAAAGAAACACAAGAAAAGCAAGAAGACCAAAAAGAAACACAAGAAGUCAAAGAAAAAGUCCUCGAGCUCAGACAGUUCGGGUUCGGAUGAGGAGUGGGUUGAAAAGUCGUCAGAUGAUCACAUUAAACUCAAAAGAAAUUCCUCAGAUUCAGAGUCUGAGGAGGAAGAUUCCACAUUGGGCCCCACGCAAAAGCCCCUCACCACGUUGACCCACAAGGAGAUGGGCAAGGCGCUGCUGCCAGGAGAAGGAGCUGCUAUGGCCGCCUUUGUGGCCGAGGGCAAACGCAUUCCCAGGCGAGGAGAAAUCGGUCUCACUUCCAAUGAAAUUGCCUCAUUUGAGAAAGUAGGGUACGUGAUGUCCGGGUCCAGGCACCGAAGAAUGGAGGCUGUACGUAUAAGGAAGGAGAACCAAAUCUAUUCGGCCGAUGAGAAGCGUGCUCUGGCCAUGUUCAGCAAGGAGGAGCGACAGAAGCGAGAGAAUCUUAUUUUAGGCCAAUUUAAAGAUAUGAUCAAACAAAAGCUAGCUGAUAAGAAUAAGUAAUUGUGUAUUAUAUCUGUUUCAGGCA